AUGUCUGACGCUGCGGAUCUCAAGACAGCAAACUCGUAUGCUUUCCCCCUUAGGAAAUACGUCCUCCAAACCGCCGGCUUUGACGCCCGUUUCCCCAACACCAAUCAGUCCAAGCACUGCUACCAAAAUUACCUCGACUACUACAAGUGCAUCAACGCCAAGGGUGAGGACUUUGCUCCAUGCAAGCAGUUCUACCGUGCGUUCCAUUCGCUUUGUCCCAACGAUUGGAUUUCUCGCUUCGAUGAGCAAAGGGAGAAUGGUACUUUCCCCAACACUCUCGAGCCUUGA